CCACUUUACAUUGCCCCAAAUCCAAGCGGAGGGUGAAAGUCCUCUCUCAUCCCGUCAUCUGUCCCGGUAACCGGUCGUCGCUUGUUGUCCACAGUCUUCAGUAAAAUAACCAUCAGAUAUGUCGGUGUUUUGUGAGGUCCCCCAGGCAGCCCCUGUAGCUGUCUUCAAGCUAACGCAGGAUUUCAACAAUGACCAGUUUCCCAGGAAGGUGAACCUCGGAGUUGGGGCCUACCGGACAGAUGAAGGCCAACCAUGGGUGUUGCCAGUGGUGAAAAAGGUGGAAAAGAUCAUUGUGCACGAUGACAGGCUAAACCAUGAGUACCUGCCCAUCCUGGGCCUGCCUGAGUUCAGAUCAGCAGCCUCCAAGAUUGCACUGGGAGACGACAGUCCUGCCAUCAAGGAGAACCGAGUGGGAGCUGUCCAGUGUCUGGGUGGUACAGGUGCUUUGAAGAUGGGUGCAGAGUUUCUCAGGCGUUUCUAUAAUGGAAACAACAACACCAAAACACCCGUCUAUGUGUCCGCACCGACCUGGGAAAAUCACAAUGCAGUAUUUGCCAAUGCUGGCUUUGACGAUGUCCGUCCAUACAAGUACUGGGACGCAGAGAAGAGGGGCCUCGAUUUGGCUGGUUUCCUCGGUGACUUGGAGAGUUGUCCAGAACACUCCAUCUUUGUCCUGCAUGCCUGCGCCCAUAAUCCAACUGGCACAGACCCCACACAGGAGCAAUGGAAGCAGAUCGCUGAAGUUAUGAUGAGGAGGAGGCUAUUUGUGUUCUUUGACUCAGCUUACCAGGGAUUCGCCUCGGGCAGUCUGGAGAAAGAUGCCUGGGCGGUCCGCUACUUUGUCUCCAUGGGCUUUGAAAUGUUCUGCGCUCAGUCAUUCUCCAAGAACUUUGGCCUCUACAAUGAGCGUGUGGGCAACCUGACCGUUGUGGCUCAUGAUGCAGACAACCUGAAACGAGUUCUGUCCCAAAUGGAGAAGAUUGUCCGGACCACCUGGUCCAACCCACCGUCUCAAGGAGCUCGCAUUGUUGCCAUCACUCUUAACUCACCUGAGCUCUUUACUGAAUGGAAGGACAACGUGAAGACCAUGGCCGACAGGGUCUUGUUGAUGAGAGCUCAGCUGAAAGCUAAACUCCAAGCUCUGGGGACACCGGGGACGUGGGACCACAUCACAGAGCAGAUUGGCAUGUUCAGCUUCACAGGCCUCAGCCCCAAACAAGUGGAAUAUUUGGUGAAGGAGAAACACAUCUACUUAAUGGCCAGCGGUCGCAUCAACAUGUGUGGUUUGACCACAAAGAACAUCGACUACGUGGCUGAGUCCAUCCAUGAGGCCGUCACCGGGGUCCAGUAGGAGAUGACACUACCCACAUAUCUCCGCACUUCCUCCUGCCUGUCACUGAGCCGUCCUGAUCCCAGGGACAGUGUUUGUAUCCAGCAGAUUUCCUGGAGCAAACAUAAACUCUCCUUCGCACAAGUAUACAGACAGCUCAUUGGCCCUUCCCCCUCCCUCCUUUUCGGUGUUUGUGCUAAGCUAGGCUAAACACAUCCUGGACCUAUUUCUCUACUGAGCUGUUCAUAAUUUGUCCUCCAGUUUAUUCUGUGUUGGUCACCUACUUAUAGCAUGUACUUAACUGAUUUUUAUUCGCCCCACAUGUUGUGUACUCUUUGUGUAUGAGUCUUUACUAGGACUUAAUAGAGGGUUAGUAGAUCAGUAGACCGUGUUACGAUUUCCUCGGCAGUGCUGACUCUACCAUCUAAAAAUGUUUGUCAUACUGUUCUGAUUUAUCCAUUUCAAGUGUUAAUAGAACAUUUCCAAUUUUAUUUAGCCUGCAGAAACGAGCAUGUAUAAAUAACAGUUGUGAAGAACAGCUAUUCGCUAUUAAAGUGGCCAAACUGUCUCACUGUAGCUUUAAUAGCUGUAUUACGUUUAUUGCUAGAUGAAAUGUGAACAAGAGAUAAGUGUUCUCAGGAAGAUAUUUUUAACUUGAGCUAUGUAAUUUAUUAAUGAUACGGUCCUCUGCCUAAAGGGGAUAUACUAAUUACCUCACUUUUAAUCAUUAUUUAUGGAGUGUUCUUCCAGUCUGCAUUCUGUGCGCACAAAUGGCUCUGGCAUUAUCCUAACAGGUGUUGUGCCUCGAAAGUAAUCUCAGUGUUUUCUGCUGCCAGCUGAACGUUGUGACGUUUCUGGUUCAGUCAGGUUCUGCAGGCGAGUUUGCACAGCGAAAGUCUGCACUAUUAUGUAAGACCCGCAUGUCAGCGGCACAAACACAUUAAUGAUCAACUGUUUUGCUAUUGUGUCACUGUGCACAGUACACCAGUAGAGCGAUCCUACCGUUGAACAGAUGAAUUUAAGCUGAAAAUGUCCUCAGCAGACCGUCAAAUGACAUGAAUUAACUUCUCUAAUA